CUCGCGAGGGUCGUACGAGAAAGAGAAACUGCAUUUCAGGCAAUCGCCAUUUUGGAUCUAUCCCCGCGUUGUUGCUCAAAUGCAUAAAUGCAAGCGCUCUUGUAUUGAGCCGAAAUGAUGUCAGUUUCCCCAUAGCCCUGUCUCAAUUUCACCCCCCCCCCUCCCAUCCUGUCUCCUAAAGAUGGCGUCUGGCGGUGCAGGUAGCAGGGUCUCCUGCGGGAGAGAUUUGAGUUGUGUUCCCGAAGUGGCGGAUACCCUUGCGGCGGUCGCCAAAUUGGGCUUUGAUUUCCUGUGCAUGCCGCUUUUCCACCCACGGUUCCGAAGGGAGUAUGAACUGGACCCUGCUAAGUCACGGCCCGGAGCCCAAACACGCUCUGACCUGCUGUUAUGUGGCAGAGAUUGGAACACUCUUAUCGUGGGAAAGCUGUCACCCUGGAUUGAGACAGACUCCGAGUUGACCACAGAACGCAGGAAUUCAGAAGCAGCACUGGUUCAGGAGCUCAGUUUCUGUGCUUAUCUGGGGCUGCCAGCUUUCAUGAUCCCCCUAAGUGGUCCACAUUGUGCCAACCUGGCUCGAAUCCUGCUCAACCACAUCCACACAGGACACCACUCUUGCAUGUUUUGGAUACGCGUUCCACUGUUAGCUCCCGAGGACACGCGUGAAGAUCUCAUCGAGAACGAGCCAUUUAAACAAAUGGAUGAUGGCAGCAAUGAUGAGAAGACCUGGGCAUGGUGGCACUCAUUCAGAACACUCUGUGACUAUAACAAGAGGAUUUGCCUUGCUAUCGAAAUUGGAGAAGACCUGCCGUCUGACACACUGAUCGACAAGUGGCUUGGAGAGCCAAUCAAAGCAGCCAUUCUCCCCACCAGCAUAUUUCUAACCAAUAAAAAAGGGUUUCCAGUUCUUUCAAAAGCCCAUCAGCGAAUCAUCUUCCGCCUCUUCAAGCUGGAGGCUCAGUUUAUUUUCACAGGGGAAAACCGCCACAAUGAGAAAGAUUUGCGCUCGUACCUUCAGUAUCUUGAGUACCUGAACCAAAACCGUCCAGCGCCUAAUGCCUAUGAGCUCUUCGCCAAAGGCUAUGAAGAUUACCUUCAGUCACCUCUGCAGCCUUUAAUGGACAAUUUGGAAUCACAGACGUAUGAAGUUUUCGAAAAGGAUCCCAUCAAAUAUUCACAGUACCAACAGGCUGUAUAUAGAUGUCUGCUGGACAGAGUUCCUGAAGAACAGAUAGAAACCAAUGUGCAGGUGUUGAUGGUACUAGGUGCAGGUCGUGGUCCACUGGUAAACGCCUCACUUCGCGCUGCAAAACAGGCUAAGAGGAAACUGCGCGUAUAUGCCGUUGAGAAGAACCCAAAUGCUGUUGUCACGCUGGAGAACUGGAAAUUUGAGGAGUGGGGUGAUCAGGUGACUGUUGUGUCAUGUGACAUGAGGGAAUGGACGGCUCCAGAGAAAGCAGACAUCAUUGUGAGCGAGCUUUUAGGGUCAUUCGGAGACAAUGAGCUUUCACCCGAGUGCCUUGAUGGAGCACAGCAGUUCCUCAAAGAUGAUGGCAUAAGCAUUCCCUGCUCUUACACAUCUUUCCUGGCUCCGCUGUCCUCUUCUAAACUUUAUAAUGAAGUGCGUGGGUGUCGGGAGCGAGACAAAGACCCUGAGUGCCAUUUUGAAACACCGUAUGUUGUCAGACUACACAACUUCCACCAACUUGCAGACCCCAAACCCUGCUUCACCUUUGUACAUCCCACCACAGAUAUGAAUAAUAACCGGUAUCAAUGUCUACGAUUCUCCAUUGGAUGUAAUUCAGUGCUUCACGGCUUUGCUGGAUACUUCGAGGCCACACUCUACAAAGAUGUCACACUCAGUAUAAAACCUGAAACACACUCUCCUGGGAUGUUCUCCUGGUUCCCCAUCCUAUUCCCUUUGAAACAGCCGAUCCCGCUGUCCUGUGGGGAUAGUGUGAGUGUGAGGUUCUGGAGGUGUAACAAUGGAAAGAAGGUCUGGUAUGAAUGGGCUGUGACUGAGCCUGUGUGCUCCGCCAUUCACAACCCUGCCGGGCGCUCUUACACCAUCGGCCUGUAGCAAGACUCACAUGCUGACAUCUACUGACACAUGGGGUUACACUGACUUGUUUUGUGUCUUUUUUUUUUUUUUUUUUU